AUGCCUCCCAAGAAGCAACAAACCAAGAAGGAUAAGCAAAAGAAGGAAAAGGCUGCCGAGGAUAAAACCUUUGGUAUGAAAAACAAGAACAAAUCUGCCAAGGUUCAACGUUACAUCCAGCAAGUCAAUACGCAAGCCAAGCACAAUGCUGAGCAAAGAGCUGGCGGCCCAUCCAAGGCAGAGGCCCUUGCUGAAAAGAAGGCUGCUGAACAAAAGAAGAGAGAGGAGUUUGCUGCUCUUUUCAAUCCUGUUCAGACACCUCAAAAGGUGCCAUUUGGUACUGAUCCCAAGACAGUGCUCUGUAUAUACUUUAAGCAAGGCAACUGUGAAAGAGGCGCCAAGUGUAAAUUCUCUCACGAUCUGAAUGUGGGUCGUAAGGUGGAAAAGAAGGAUUUGUAUACUGAUCACAGAGCUGAUGACACCAUGGAUACUUGGGAUCAAAAGAAAUUGGAAGAAGUUGUUCAAAGUAAAUCUCAAAAGCAACCUCCCACUGAUAUCGUCUGUAAAUACUUUUUGGAAGCCAUCGAGUCCAGCAAGUAUGGUUGGUUCUGGGAAUGUCCUAAUGGCGGUACAUCCUGUAAAUACAGACACGCCCUUCCUCCUGGUUUCGUUCUCAAGUCAAAGAACAGCAAGGCUGAUGAAAAGGAAGAGAUUUCUCUUGAGGAAUUUUUGGAGAGUGAGCGUCAUAAACUUGGUCCCAACCAAACACCUGUUACUUUGGAAUCCUUCACACAAUGGAAGAAGACUCGUCUCGAUAAAAAGGAAGCUGAGGAAUCUGUUGCUCGCAAGGCUAAAGAGAACCGUGUCAAGGCCGGUCGAUCCCAAGGUAUGUCAGGUAGAGAUCUGUUUGAUUUCAACCCUGCCCUUGCACAAGAUUAUGAUGACGAGGAAGAUGCUAUUGAUUUCUCUGCAUUCGAUCGUGCAGAAACUGAAAAGGAGCGUGAGCGUUUAGAAAAUGAAAAGUUUUUGGCCUCAAAUACUGCCAACAUGUCUCUGCAGGACGGAACGACCGUAGCAGAGUAA